AUGCGAGAGGGACCCGGUGCCCUGGACGUGGGCUGGGGCGGCUCCAAGACGUUUCCUCUGCUCUGCAUGAACAAUGGAGCCGCGGAGCAGAGCGAGGCCGGGCCGUCCCCGCGGGGCCACGCACAGCGGGAGGAUGUCCCCUUGCACGUGCAGGGGGAUGCGCUGGCCUGGCUGCAGGAGCGGGUCUUGCUCAGCGUGGUGGAGAGGCCCGAGGCUCCGCACGGCCGGGCAGGCGGUGCCACAGAGCCCUUGGCCCCGCGCCUCCGCCUCGGCCUGCUGCCCUUCGCGCUCUGUUUCCCCUCUGCCGGAGGCACCGGGCGGAGCCCUGGAGCGGCCUGGCCUGCCCGCGGCUGCAGAGGUGACGCCGGAGUAGGGGGCCACGUCCCUCCCGCCUCGACGGGGGCCCUCACCUUCCCACUGUGUUUCCUUGCAGCCGAGAAGGUGUCCUCGCUGGGCAAGGACUGGCACAAGUUCUGCCUCAAGUGUGAGCGCUGCAACAAGACGCUGACCCCGGGCGGGCACGCUGAGCAUGACGGGAAGCCCUUCUGCCACAAGCCCUGCUACGCCACGCUCUUUGGGCCCAAAGGUAGGUUGCCGCUCGCCCAGUCGCCGGGCCCCAUCGAGCACGCUGUGAGGGCCGAGGAGAGGAAGGCCAACGCCGCUCCGCCCAAAGGGCCCAGCAAAGCCUCCAGCGUCACCACGUUCACUGGGGAGCCCAACAUGUGCCCGCGCUGUGGCAAGAGGGUCUACUUUGCUGAGAAGGUGACCUCGCUGGGGAAGGACUGGCACCGGCCCUGCCUGCGCUGCGAGCGCUGCAGCAAGACCCUCACCCCGGGGGGACACGCGGAG